AUGUUCAGGUUUUCGCGGGUGUCUGCCGAGACUCGACGCCUCGUGGAACACAUUCAGACGUCCGAUGCGCCGCUCCGCAACGUACCCAACCCCGGGCGAGACCUGAUACAUAUACCUAGCUUUUCCUGGCCGUACCUGGGGCGCAACAUGCGCCCCCUGAUGGAGAGCUUGUGCUGGAUCCUUGCGGCGAUGACGGUGGGGCUGCACGAAGCGAUCGCACGACUGCAGCCACGAAAUGCGUGGGACAACAGCACCUCUUCUGGAAGACAAGGAACGAGGGGGGCGUUUGGUGAAGGGGAACAGCCACAGAUCAGCCUUACCCCGCCUCCCAGCAUAGCGACGAAAGAUGUCAGAAUCACCGUGGGAUUCGUGAUGGAGAGGUGGGGCAAUCGCUCGCCACACCGCCUCAUCCAGGGAGUCUUGGAGGGCAUGGACCGCUCCAGGUUUCGGCUCGUGGUGUUCUCGCAAGACUACACGGGUUACUACUGCGAAGCCGGGAAGGCUUUGCUGGAAGCUGCCGAGGAGGUUAAGAUCUUCCCGUGGCACCCGUUUGCGGAAGGCCUCACAGACCCUUUCGCUGAUCGGGGAGUCAUCGCGUCGGUCCAGGUUGUCUUCGGGCACGGCCAUCCUGUGACAUCGGGCUCUCCCGGGAUCGACUACUUCGUGAGCAGCGACCUCUUUGAGACGACGGCACACUUCGUUCAGGUGGCCGAGUUGGGCGUCGGCGAGGAGCUAUUAGUGGCGUCCGAUGUCGAAGACAUGGUGAAGAAGGCGGUCAAGCUGGUCACAGACUCAACGCGCAGAGAAAAAGUCUCCGCCGCGAUCCUCGGACAGAAAAGCCGGUUAUCCGACCCCCAUCGCGCCACAAGGGAGUGGGAACAGUUUCUGGAACGAACUGUACGAUCAGCUAUUUCCCCUGAUGCCAAGAUUUAG